CGUCGAGGGCCGGUGGCUUUUUGAGUUGCUUCAAUCUGGCCCAGUCGCUGGGCGUGACAUCUCAGCCGGCUCGGUGCGUCGAGCGAUCGCCAAGCAAGACCUCUACGAUGGCAUCGCUUCAUGCGGCUAGUAGCACCCAGGCACUGCGGCGAACGUGCUCUGCCGCUCCCUCCAUCUCGAUGGCCCAUCUCGCCUACGCACCUCUCGGGUCCGUACGAACCAUCUCGACACAUCAAGGGCGCCCCGGCAGGCAACCACUGCCACCCAGCAGAGCGGCCGGCAACGGCGCCAAACUGCUGUACGCUGCUGCGCCAUUCUCCUUUUGGUCAUGGAUCACAGGUAGCCAAAAAGGGAGUGAAGCUGAUACUUUGGCCUCUUCGGAAUUAGCAAAGGCAGGCGCAACGAGCAGCAGCGAGCAAGGCGAACUACCAUCGAAGAGCUCCGCGCUACUGUAUCCCGUCUCUGCCAUGUCACAGCGCUCCUCAAACAGCGUGACACUCGUCUUUCUCAAUAUCAAUGCACCGAAAGCCAACCCCUCUGUCGGUGUGGCGAGCAGUACCAAAUGGCAGAGUUGGAUCAGCUACUUUCGCGAGAUGGGCUACGACUGCCUGGACGUGAACGCCGUCUCUCCUUCUGGCUCACACCAAGCGCUGGCAACGGAGCUCGAGCAACAGAUACGCCUGCACAUGUUCAACCGUGGUCCGGUCCUCUUUGUGCGGGGUUCCACAUCUGCAAAGGUAGCCGCCGCCCAGCUGGCUGGCUUCUCGCGCCCUGGCGGGCAAGCAGAGUUUGCAGCUGCCGUUGUGCUAGUACCCGGCGAGGAAGGCAUGCAAGCAUUCCAAGCUAUCGACCAGGGCGUCAGGGAAAAGCUCGCUGUGCUCAUUGUCAACGACGGCAAAGGCUCUACCCAACAGGGAGGGGAGAAGUGGAAGGUGUUGCAAGUCGGCAACUCAAGGGAUGCCGAGAGCGGCAAGACGGUGCAAGAAGUAGAGAUGUGGCUGAUGGCAAAUGGAUUUUGAGAGGAAAUCACGAAUGAAAAAUCAACAUCAAGCAAAUCAUGCAAUGCCAAGUCACCUCCAGAGUAUAUGCCCUAUUGAGAUGUCGAGCCACAGGACGCACGCGCCGCCCAAUUCGAAAGCCCGUCAGCACUUGAUCCGGCUUCCUACUACCAGUCAGCUCAUGAGGCGCUGCCGCGGCCCG